AUGGGCCACGGUGGCAUGCGCGUGUGUUACGAAGUAGAGGACGUGGACGAGGAAGGAGCCGGCACACCAAUGGUGGCCAAGAUGUUUCGCCGCAACAUCAGUGAUGUGGUAGAGAAGGACUACUUCAACGAGGGCAAGGCGCAGUGCAUGUGUGAGGAAUUUGCGAACAACUUCAACCGUAUUCACCUUACUAACGUUAACAAGCCAAACAUCUCUUUCUUGCAGUGCUACGUUGUCCGAAUUCCUCGCAAGAGCAUCCCGGAUGCGUACCAGAACAAGCGUACAGGGUUUUUUUCGUACAAGACUCAGGAUACGCAUGAGGUCAUGUUCGUGAUGGAGCCAAUGCUAAGCGGCCGCUUCACCAAGUACAACAGUAACUAUGGUGAAAUCUACCGGGAGGACAAAAAAGCGGCCCUCAGCUCUACAGAGGCGAAGCGACGUACGCAGAUCUUUGAAGCAGCAGAGGCCUUCUCGCACUUUACCCUGGUGGAGAGCGGGGGCUCAAUGCUCGUGUGCGAUCUGCAGGGUGUUAAUGACUUCCUGACUGACCCGCAGAUUCACACAGAGGAUGGCAAGGGACUCGGGAUGGGCAACAUGGGGCAGGAGGGGAUCGACAAGUGGAUAGAGAAGCACGACUGCAACGAUAUUUGUCGCGCGUUAGGUCUGCAACCACUGAGCGGUAUCGUGACCAACUCGAAGGAGCCAAAGAAGGCUGAGAAUCCCUAUCUAGGAUUACGAGCUAAGCUGAAGAGGCAAAAUCCCGUUCGUCUGCGCGACUUAGUUCCCCUCCCCAAGCCACUCGAGGAGAUGACUGAUGCAGAGCGUAUCGAGUACGCAUUGAAGGUAUCACAGCUCACUGAUUAG